CCGGCAACGCGUUAUUGUUGUUGUUGUGUGUCAGGUGACCUAGCGCCGUGCACGUGCUGGCGGAAUAGAUACCUACCGGCGCUUCCACACUGCAGGAGAGAGUGCAUGUGCCGCACACAGCAGUGCCCGGGCAGAUCUUGGUAACCAAUGGAUAAGGAAUCCUCCGGAGAUGGUCACAGCAAUGCUGCUGACUAUGCCAUUGUGAAGUCUUGUGUUGAAGCAGCGGACCAACAACACCGACCCAAACCACCUUCCACUUCUGACACUUUGGACCUCAGCAAGAAAAAGCUCUGUAGUCUCGGUGAAGAUCUGUACAGGGACAGUCCUUGUGUUAAGAAUCUGCACCUUGGAGGGAAUGCCCUUACCUCCCUUCCUGAGAGUCUUUUUCUGUAUCUGUCAAACCUUGUCUGGUUGGAUCUUCGCAACAAUAACAUCACAAGUCUGCCCAGUACAAUUGGGAAGCAAAGGCUACUGAAGUAUCUUCUUUUAGAAGGAAACCCAAUACAGGCCCUUCCUGUACAGCUUGGUGAUGUGACUACACUAAAGGCUUUAAAUCUUCGGAACUGUCCGCUUGAAUUUCCUCCAGAAGAUGUUGUGUGUAAAGGACUUGAAUCUAUUUUAGCUUUUCUCAGAAACUCCAACCAAACAGAUCUCAUGUCUUCUGAUCCUGAUGAACCAGAACUACCUCCUGUAGAGAAAUUGGAUCUUAAAGAACUGAAGUCUAGCAUGGACCUCUCAGAUGAAAAAGAAAAGAAGAAGUUUGAGUUGUUAAAAAGCAAAUUGGAAGCAAGAGAGAUGGAGGAGAUGGUUCAGAUUGACUCCAUGUAUGUUCAGAAGAGACCCCAAGGAGUGGAAGGCCCAAAUGGCUGGAAGUUUCUAACCGAGUCAAGACAAGCCGCACUGGCAGAGAGAAGAAAACCAAAAACCAAUAAACAUGCCGAAGAGAAGGAGCGACUCGCCGUGGUUCAUUAAAAAAUGAAGAAACAAGAAAUUCUGAAAGAAUGGCAAAAACAGACACAAAUCAUGCAAAGUCAAAAAGCAAAAAACAGGAAGAGAAAUGACGUCCAACAAGAGGUGCCCGUUGCUGUUCCUCCGUAUGCCACAGAUCUGGAGCCUUCCCAAAACUGGGAUAAGCAAAAGCCUUUUGGAGUUGAAGCGCCGGAGAUGAUGCCAAGAAUCAUGUCAGUGAAAUCAUUGAAGGAAAUGGAGAAAGCAAGAGUGUCCAGAGACCUCCGACUGGAACAACGCAUCAGAGAGCAUAUCCAGGCAAUGCAGGAGAGGAAGAGAAACCCCAAGAGUUCCGCACAGGGAGAGAUGGAGGCAGCCAGGAAGGAAUUAGAGAUGGCCACCUUGCUUCAAGCAGAAAUAUUACAGAGAAAAAAAGAACAAGAUACACCUCUAGAAUACCGUUUUACUGCCUUCACAGGGGAAAUUUCCUCCACCACCUCUCCAAGAGGAAAACCUCCAAACAUCUUUGCAAUGACAAAUUAAAAAAAAAAA